AUGGAUAUGGACGAGGAGGGUUCUUUGCUGUUUUGUGAAGAUGAUGGGGCGUUUUGUUCGGCUUUUGAAGACGAUUUUGAGCAAACUCUUGCUAUGCUCGAUAUGGAUGUUGACGAAGUGAUGAUUGAGGUUGAAAAUUCUCAUGAAGAGGUGAGUUAAAAUAUCAAAAACAAAGUAAACCAUGCCUUUUCAAUAACCGAACUUAUAAUCAAACUUAAACCUUCAUCUCUAGGUCGAAGGAAACAAGCAAUUUCCUUGCAAGUUUUGCGAGAAAAUUUGCAAGUCAAAGGGUGGUCGAACCGUAGGGGAAAGUUCAACUUCGUCUUCUACCAGAGACGUCGUAAUUACGAUGGAUAAAACCAGGGAUAUCAUCCGAGAUAUUGGUCGCUAUUUAAUGGACGAGAAGCUUUACAAACCAGAGCAAGCUGGAGAAGUUUUUAAGCUGGAACCAAGUGAGUCCUUUGUGAAAUUUUUGAACGACCUCCUUCUGAAACUCAAAAGAAAGAAGAGCAAAGACAAGUUUCUGAAAGAGUUUUAUGGCAACACAAACACUCAUUGGCAUGAGUAUUUCCAUCCUUAUCCGGACAAGAAGAUGGUGUUUUUAAUGCUCAUUCAUCUCCCAGAGCGUUUGUUGAUAUGCAUUGAGCAAGACAAGGGACCAUCUGACUCUGAGGUAAUUGUUUUCUGACAUAGCCAGUUUUAUAUUUAUCACAAAGCUAUACACACACACCUAUAAAAGAAUACAAAGCUUCUCAAAGGGCCUUUGCUCAAAACGUCGAGAGGCUUUCAGCCAUUCUAUUUAAUGUCCACCAACCCCCUAUUGAUGAUUUUUCUGAAGGGUGACUCCAAAGGCAUUUCUGAUGUGAGGGGAAAUUUCUGUUGGGUGUUUUGUGUUGACACUUUGAUCUUUUUUCUUAAAAGGGUUAAAAUUUUACUGACUUCAUCCAUAGGGGCGCUGUGGAUUUUAAAUGGAAUGGCCCUUUGUAUAUAGGCAUGCAUGUUUAUACUCAUUAACCAUUUGUGUCGGCAGUUAACCGAUCAGCUGGCAAUAGCAUUUUACUCUGGGUACUGCCAGAAAGUGGGUUAAAAAUACAACUACUAACUGGGGGCACUAACCAUGUCCAUUUCAAGGUAGCAUCUCACUUAUUGUCUUUUUGCGUACUUAUUUUAGGAGGAGGAGGUUUCUUUAUCGCCACAAGAGCAUGGGCCAUUGGCCUAUUUGGCAGGCUAUGUUAUAAGGUCUUUGUACCAAAAAAGCAAGAAUUGUUCCCGGUACCAAAAAAGCAAGAAUUGUUCCCGGUGGCAGUCCCAAAGAAACAAAGAAAUUCAAGCAUUAAUGUAUUCAAUGCGAACUGCAACAGAGGACAAUGAGUAUAUAUUAUCUUUAUCAAGAGGUGGCCUGUGGUCACCUCAUUCAUGGCUUGUUAGUCUUAUGGAAGUUAGUGAAUUAGUUUUUAGGAAGCACACAAAUAAAGACAAGGUCACUCGUCUACCAGUAGACAAAAUAGUGAAUGAAGUUUUGGCUUCUUCCCUUCUGAAAAGCUUGUGGUGCAAUAUUAUUGCAAAUUGUGAUGUGGAAAUCACUAAAGAAUGUCAGUCCCUGUGUUUAGAAAAUAUUGUAAAGUUGUACGUUACUGUUAGGUGUUUCUCAUUUGCCAAAGAUAUUGUAAACAAUUAUAAAUUAAGUGAAGGUGUUAAGCAAAAGAAAGCUUUACGGAAAGACUUGAAGAAAGCUAGUAGUGAACUGGAAUAA